AUGGCUGACACUUCCCCUGACACAGCAAAUACUGAUAGACUUGUCGUGGCGGUGCGGUAUGUCAAUGAAGCAAAUCAGCCUAAAGAACGAGUUUUAGAAAUGAAGGAAACUAAGGACAAGUCUGGUGAGGGUCAAGCGAAAGAAGUCUUGCAGUCGCUCAACUCAAAAAUUGGAAGCCAAGAUGGACUGGUUUAUCAGUCCUACGAUUACACUGCGUCCAUGUCAGGGAAAUUCAAAGGAGCCCAAAAAUGCCUGCAAACAUUGAUAGGCCGUAGCGUCCCGUACAUUCCAUGUCAGGGUCACCGAUCUAAUACAUUUAUCGAACACUGCUCUAAAACAACGUUGUUUACUCAGAUGUAUGACCUAUUGGAAGCACUCUAUGUCUUCUUCAGUAAAAGUUGCAAGCGAGAUGGUGUUCUUCGUAAAGAGCUAAAGGAAAUAGAGAAUGCACUUAAGCUGCGUAACCUUUCCAAGACUCGCUGGGUGUACAGAAGCGAAUCUAUAGAAGCCAUGUGGAGAUCAUUCGAAGCCAUCAAAGACGUCUUCUUGACCUUAUCGACGAUGGACGGCGUUGAUUCAUCGGCACAGACCAGGGCCGCUUCUCUUCACGGCAAAGUUCUAAAAUUUGAUUUCAUGUUUGCGUUGAUGUUUAUGCGUUUGGUUAUGAAGAUUACCAAAAUACUUACCAUUCAAAUGCAGAAGGAAGAGCUUAACAUUUUAGAUGCUCUCAUGGCAAUCGAAGAAACUGUUGCUUCUUUAGAAACGAUAAGAAGAAACGAGUCAGAAAUGAAUAACCAAGUGAAAACUAGUGUUGAAUUUUCAAAAUCGUUCGAUCAGGAUCCUGAAGAGGACUUUCGUCGCAAAAGAGUGAUAAGGAUGAGCAGACGACAGGAUGACAACCCAGAUACCGCAGCUUCCAUUGAGUUUUAUGCGCACUACCGAAAGUUUAUGAUUGAAGUACUCGAUUCACUUAUUACAGAGUACAAAGAAAACGUCCAACAAUGCUUGGAAAAGAUUCAACCUCUUGCAGACGUUCUUCAACCUCCGAUUACAAGCGUGAAUUUCGAGCAAGCCGAAGAAAUCUCCAAGUUGUUUCCGCCAUCUGAGACUGUCGAUCCUGCUUGUCUAGAAGCAGAAUUUGAAAUAUUUGCACAGGUCGUUGGCAGGAGCCAAGAUCCUUUCAAGUCCGUUAAUGAUGUCUGUAAUCUGGCAUAUGAACACAAGUCGAUCUUUCCUUCCAUUUUUAAAGUAUUUAAGCUUUUGUUUACUGCCCCAGUCAGCGUGGCAAAAGAUGAGAGGACGUUCAGCAAGAUGAAGAUCAUCAAGAAUUUCCUGCGAUCAACCAUGUCAGACGAACGUCUCGAAGAUUUGAUUGUCUUAGCAGCUGAAAAGGAUUUAACAGACAAAGUCGAUCUGGACGAAGCUCUGAAAGUGUGGGCUAGCAAAAAGAAUCGGAAACUGAAGAUUAAAUUCUAA